AUGGCUUCUGGUACUUCCUGCAACUUUCGAAGAUCUCGACCCCUGAUUCAAGCAAUAUUUACUUCUUUUCCUACGACUCUGCACCACUAUCGCCCUAGUCGGAACCUCACGGAACAGAACUACUACCGUUCAGCGCACGCGUUUUACCGUGACCACGAGGUUGUUGUGUACAAGGAUGGCCUAGUGUAUCCAGCCGUGAAUGGCAACGAUUCAACAAACAGGGCAGUCAUGUAUACCGACUUUAUCAUGCAAAAGUUUGCCCGCGCGUGGAUUGAGAUGAAUAUCUCUGGUAAGGAAGUAAGCUGCAAAACAGGGAAACGAUAUGUGUACACUAUCCCAGAAGGAACUCCAAUUCCCAACCACCUAAUUCUGAUCCAAGAGUGGGACAACUCCAGGUUUUCACUUCAGCCAGCACAUGGCAUACCUCUCACAGGUCGCAGUGUUCAUUCACUCGAAAUCGACGCUGAAGCUAACCCCAUUUUAGAUCUAAACCAAGCGUUGGGCGAGUUCUAUAACAAGCACGCUACCAGGAUGAAAGUUCGCAAGUGGAUUAAAUCGAACCCGUGCCAAAAAGACCUCGAAAGCGAAGCUGAGAAGAAGUGGAUGAAAAGGUGGAUGGGAAUAAGAAACAUCAGACAAGGUCGCUGA